AUGGGAGGAAAUAUUAUGGCUGCAAGAAAGAAGAAUAUUACAAUUAAUGGUAAAAAAUAUCCUGUUAAGGAAUUUGACUACAAUUUGGUAUGUGACUUAGAAGAUAUGGGUUUCGAUAUGAAAGAUGUAGAAAAAAAAACCUAUGUCUAUGGACACACCCACGACAGAGGAAGCGUAAACUCGAAAGAGUUAGGAGAAAACGUACAAGAAAGAAAAUAUAAUUCAUUUAGAGAAAUGAUAGAAAAUGAAUUACUACCAUAUGCUUUAAGCAUUGGUAUUACGGAAGAAAAGUUUUAUACGCUGAAUCCAAGAAAGAUAAAGCCUUAUGAAAAAGCAUACCAUCUAAGAAGAAGAAUGGAAGAUGAAAAUAACUUUUGGUUAGGACAAUACAUUCGAUAUGCUGUUGGAAGUGUAUUAAGUGAAAAAGGUGAAUAUCCAAAAGAACCAUUGCUUAAAGAGUAUUAUGAGGAUUUGGAUUUAACAGAGGAAGAAAGAGAUAAUAAGGAACUUCGCAAAAUGUUAAUGUAUGAGGAGCAAUGGAGAAUGAAUGAUAAGCAACUUGGAUUACCAGAAGUUAAUAUAAAGUAA